AGCACGCUCCAAUUUCGGUCACGUGCCACCAACAGCUGUCUAAAAAACAAACCUGACAAAAGAGGUUACGUCAACGUCAGUUUUUAGUUUACUUGUUCUACAAAAACAGUUUUAAUUUACUCUCAUGUGAAAUCUCGUGUACAAUAAUGGCAGAAGCGUCUCGUAAAAGUCAAUUAGGUGGCCCCCACACCAAAGAAGCCACCGAGAAAGGUGAUAACUUGGAGUGUGCCGUUUGUCUCCAAAACUGUGUUCAUCCCGCCCAGCUGCCUUGCGGCCACAUCUUCUGCUUCCUGUGUGUGAAAGGCAUCGCAAAUCAGAGCAAAAAAUGCGCCAUGUGUAGGCAAGAAAUCCCAAAGGACUUUAUCGAACAACCAAACCUACUGGAGAAGCCCUACCAAAGGGAGGCGUCCGAAGGUUUUGACGGGGGAUACCAGUGGUUUUAUGAGGGGAAAAAUGGGUGGUGGCAGUAUGACGAACGCACUAGUAGAGAGAUCGAGACGGCGUAUAAAAGGGGCGAACAAACGAGCGAAUUACUAAUAGCGGGAUUUUUGUACAUAAUAGAUUUAGAAAAUAUGCUUCAGUUGAGGAGAAACGAACCAGGUCGGAGGAGAAAAAUCAAAAGAGACUUUGCAACAAUUCCGAAAAAGGGUAUUGCCGGUUUAAGAACCCCUGAAACACUUGUAGAUUCGACUGAAGUGGAGGUCAGUGAAAGUAGUCGAGGACCUGUCACACCUUCAAACACGCCUCGAAGUCCAACAAGUGGGCGCGAAUCGCCAGGAGAAGACCGGGAACUGCAGGAAACCAUAGACAGGAUUACUUCGUUGCAGCUUGAUACGGUUCUAUACGAUCUACAUUAAUUAUUACCGGAAUAACAAAGACCAACUAAUUAUCUCUUUCCGCUCCUUCAAUAUGAAUUUGACAAUCGUAAUUUUAUUGGAGGGAUUUGGAGUAAAACUUUUUUAAAACAAUUUUGGUUUCAAUCGUUCGAAAUUAAGAAUUUUCAAACAAACUGGUCCCCAAUAUUCAUAAUAUUUUGAAAACCGUAUGGAACGAAUUGUAUGCGAUCAAGAAAUUAGAAAAAAUAUUAGUAUUUAACAAAAAAGGUAUUCAGAGUCAAGAGCGGUAUAAGAGGAAAAAGGGGCGAAAUGUAUAUAUCUAGAUCAAGUGAAAACUAUAAGAAGUGAAAGAUGCUUUUUCUGUUUUUUUUUUCAAUAACUUUGUUGUGUUUCCUACCUAUGUCUCCAAAUAUUCAUCCCUAAAGACAGUCCAUUAUCAUAAUAAUACUUUGAUGCAUCAGUGAUAUAAACUGACGUUUUUCUUUUUGUAGUAAUUUUUGUUUGUUAAAAUUUUUAUGAAAUUUUGUUUUUUCGUUGUAAUUUUUGUGUACUAAUCUAGCUCAGCGUUCGGGAUCGGUACUGUGAACGCAACCACUCCCUAACAAAAAUCAUUUGGUUGUAAAUUUCGGGACAAUUAGUUAAAAUUUAAUUUGAUAAUAUUUUCGGUAAAAUGCAAAUUAUUAUGUGAUGAAGAUUAUUUCUAUUGGUAGAUUGCAGCAAACGAAUUAAAAGUUUUAAACUAGACCUUUUUCAUGUCUAGUUCAGAAUGUAUCAGAUAAUUUCAGAAAGUAUGAGAUGUAUUUCAGAUUAUUCAGUUGUAUUAAAGAAUGUGUCAAUUGUAAUUCACAACAAAUGGAUUUCAGAGAAGAUGAAUAAUAUCUAAAUAUAAAUGACUUUUUGUAUGCAUUUGAUUCGAUCGAAAAUAUAAUUGCAAAAAGUGUAGAAGGAAAGUUUUAAGUACCAAGUCUCCAUUUCAAGAAAAAUUUCAACGAAAAAACCUGAAAACGGAUUGAGAAAAAACUAAAGUCGGCGAAACAAUAAAUACUUAGAGUGUAAAUAGUUGUAUAUACCAUUUUUAUUAGUUUACUUAUAUCCUUCAAUUUUUAUACUAUAAAAAUUUAUAAAACAGAGAAAAAAACUAUUACAUAACCUGUUAUUAGACAUAGUGAAGUGACCUUCAGUGAAAAAUAGUAUUUCUCAGAUUUAUUAAAUAGAGUACAAGAAUCUAGGUAAUAAGGAAAUUUUUGAAAAGUCUGUUAUUAAUUCGGGUAGAUGGUAGACCGCUUCUCCCAAAACAUAAAAUGUGGGAUUAUUAAUAUUAUGGAUAAAUAUUUCUCUGUCGAAAGUACAAAUAAAAAUAUUUUUUGAUCAGUUAUUCGAAGUUUAGAUUAAACCACAUCUAGAGGAAUACAGAGUUUUCUAUGUUUAUUUUUUCUGUGUAUGAAAAAUAUAUUUCUAUUCUUACUACUGGUGUCUAUUUUCGUGCCAGUCUAUUACGAAUCCGAAAAUGCCUUCCUUAAAGCCCAAGGCCAAGAGAACAAUGCAUUGCAGCAUAGAUUUUUAUUUCUUCAAAAAUAAGUCAAAAGAUAAGAAGUAAUUCGUUGGUUCAAAUUUCAUUGAGAUUUUAUGUAGAAAGUUUUUUUGCGUUUCCGAAUAAUGUGCAUAGUUAAAAAAGAUAAUCGACAAAUCAAUUCGGUGCCAUCUGUCAGCUUAGAAACACAGUAAAACAUCUUUAGCGUUAAUAUGAAUUUGUCAAUCGCAGUUUUCAAUGGAGCGAUGUUGACAAAAUCGGAUUUUAUUUUGGGAAAUUUUUAAGGAAGAAAUUGUAUGAAAUUCAGUAGUUUCAACUAAAUUGGUGUGUAGAUCGUCGUUUUCUGCCCAGAAUAAGAUGAUUCCAAUCAUUUGAAAACGAUUUUUUUUCGCUUUUAAGCAAGAAAUCGUUCCAAGUCAUGUAUUUUCAGUGAAAAUUGUCUCCAAAUUGUUGUUUUAAGACGUUGUGAGCCACUCUAAAGCGGUGCUUCAGUUUACGAGUUAUUUAGUCAAACCAAAUUGACGUUUAAAAAAUCAUUGGGUUAGAUUUGUUAUUUUUUAUGAAAGAAACUACUUUUUUCAAAUUAAUGUAGAAAAUAUCUCGAGAUCUAUCCACCCAUUUUGAUGAAAUUUUUAUUAAGGAUGCAUUGAUUCAUUUUUAGAUUUUUAAAACUCAAACUUUUGGUACAAAUUAGUUUUUCUUUUCAAACAGGUACUAGCAAAACGUGAUUAUACGAAAAGAGGACACUAAUGUAAGCAAACGGGUUUCAAAUUUGGAUUUUGCACCAGAACAUCUGUAGAAUGCUAUUUUAUCACACGAAAGUUCUUAUAAAAUGACACAGUCAAGAAAACACAUUUUCAAUUGCAAUUUAAAAUCCCUCCAAUAAACAAUAAAACGUGUUCUAAAUUUUUAUUCGGGACUUCGGUAUCGGAAAGUGUAUGUAAUUAGUUUGUUUACAGAUGAGCUUACUUGUUAACACAGUAAAUAUUUAUUCCUUUACCUUGAACUUCAAAUAUUAUUUUCGUGAAUUUUUUUAUAGUAGACAAUAAACUUUUUGAUAUAA